AAACACCACAUACAAAGUAAUAAUAAUAAUAAUAAUAAUAAUAAUUUGUUAUUUUAUUUAGUUUUUUUUUUUUUUUUUGGUAUAUAAAAUGAAAAUACUAUAUCUUUUAUCAUUGAUUUUUAUAUAUUUCACAGUUAUAGCAAAUGCCCAAAUAAAUAUUAAAGAAGAGUGCAUUUGGUGGGUAGAUUAUAAUGCAACUCAAGCUGAAGCAAAGGGUACAUUAGAAAAACCAUUUUUAUUGUUAAAAAAUGCAAUUUCAACAGUAGUAUCAGCAAACGAUUUAAACAAAUGCACAAGUGAUAGUAGUAUUACAAGAGUCAUAUAUAUUAUAGGAUCAAAUGAAGUAAAUACAUAUAAACAAUCAUCAAUUAUAGUUAGUGAUGUUGGUGAAGAUUAUCAAUUCCCAAUUUUAAUUCAAGCAGUCGACAGACCAUCAGAGGGAUAUAAAUUCGAUGGCAAUUUAUUAGCAUUUAACACUAGCAAUUAUGCAGUUUUUGUUGGCACACAAGGAAAAUACACAAUCAAUUUCCAAAGCUCAUUAGCCAAUUUCACAUUAAGAGGUAUUGAAUUUAGAGAUGGUGGUUACAGCAGCGAAAAUAUUGAAUCAAGUGUUAUCGUUACAGGUGCCUCAACAGUUUCAUUCGAUUUUUGCAAAUUUACAAAUAACACUGGUGGUGAUAGUGGUGCUCUUUACUAUAAUUCUCAAUUCUCCAGUCAAAUUACAAACUGCAUCUUUGAUGGUAAUAGAGCCGUAUCAGAUGAAUCUAAUGGAGGUGGUAUUACAAUUCCAUAUGUAACUGCUAGAGUUUCUAUUAUGGACGUUACAUUCACUAACAACUAUGCUGCUAAUGGUGGUGGCAUGCAUUGUAAUCAUCAAAAUCUUAUUUUAAAAAAUAUUAAUUUCUUUAACAACUCUGCAAUUAAUGGUGGUGGUUUAUAUACUUUAGAGGUACCAAAAAAGAAUCAUAUCGUUUGGAACUAUUUAACAUUUAAGUUUAAUAAUGCAUCAAAAAAUGGUGGUGGUUUAUAUGAUGAUUCAUCAUCAAAUUAUUAUAACCAUUCAUUAUUUGAAUCAAAUACAGCAUCAAAUGGUGGCGCAGUUUAUCUUUUUGAUUCAGUAGUAUCAAUUGUUUUAACAAAUUUCAACUCAAAUACAGCAGUAAAUGGUGGUGGUGCAAUCUAUGCCACUGAUGAAAGCGAAACUGAUAAAAUCAAUCAAUUAUUAGUUAAAGAUUCAAAUUUCACAAUGAACACUGCUUCAAAUGGUGGUGCACUUUAUUGUGUCGAUGCAAUUGCCCGUUUCAAUAUUAAUGAUAGAUAUGCCGAAACUAACACUGCAACAAACUCAUCAACCAACAUUGACUAUUGUCUUAGUACUUGUGUUACUACUGCUGAGGAUUGUGGUUGUCCAGGCGGUUGUGGUGUUCCAAAAGAUGAUAAAAAUCCAAAUUCAAAUGCCAAAAUUGCAGUUGCCAUCUUUUUACCAAUCACAUUAAUACUUUUAGGUAUUGUCGUUUUCCUUUUAUGGAAGACUCACUCCAAAUCAAAAGUCAGAACUAAGAUAGCUCCAUAUGAUGAAAUUAGACUCUCACCAGCCUCACAAGAUACUGAUGAUCAAUUAUAAUUUUUUUAAUAUAAUAACAGUAAUAAUAAUAUAAUAAUAACAAACAAAAUAUUUUUUUAAAAUUUUAAAAACUAUG